AAAGUUUAAACUCCAGUCAGAUUUCAGUGACUGGCUUCUUUUUCCGCCCUUGUCUCAAGUUUUCUGUCUUGACGCAACGCACAGAUGAAAGAACUGAAAGGCGAACGGUUUGGAUUUUUUGUUCAGAAUCCGUCUACCAGAGAAGGAACGCCAAGCCUGAGCGAGAUAAGUGAUGACUUCAACUUUUUGUGUUCAGGUAAAGAGGCUGGAUUCAGCGCCCGCCCGGCUUAAUCCUGGUAAAUCAUACCCUGGGGGAUCUGGAACGCGGGGCCAGGAGGUGGAGAGUGCAGAAUCCACUAGUGGAGGAGUGCACAGCCUGGACCGGCGCGGUCGCCAGAGCAGCCAGCCCCAACCCUUGCUGAUCCACCCCACCCCACCCCACCCCGCCCCCCAAUCCCGGGAUAAACCGAGGAAGUUCAACAAAGGGUGGAGGCCGGGCUAAACAGGAGGCCGCCUUCAGGGCGAGCUGGGGUCGGGGGUGGGGUUUGCCGCUAGUUUCUCUAUAAAAGCCCCGGGAGAAAGCUUGCCCCCAGCUGUAGCGCGCGCCUCCCCGCAUUUUCCCCGGCUUCUUGGCGGGAGGGCCCUCGGCGAUCGGCGCGGAGAGGGGCCAUCGCUGAGAGCCCAGUCCCAGCCUGGCCACCACGGAGCCCAGCUGCCAAUUCCUGCUGCCACCCACCACCCCCCUCUCAGCACAGGACAAGGAUGGAGCUCCAUUUUGGCUCCUGCCUCUCCGGCUGUUUGGCUCUGCUUGUCUUGCUGCCUUCCCUGAGCCUAGCACAGUACGAGGGCUGGCCCUACCAGCUCCAGUACCCUGAGUACUUCCAGCAGCCCGCUCCUGAGCACCAUCAGCGGCAGGUGCCCUCCGAUGUGGUCAAGAUCCAGGUCCGCCUGGCGGGCCAGAAGAGGAAGCACAAUGAGGGCCGCGUGGAGGUCUACUACGAAGGCCAGUGGGGCACGGUGUGCGACGAUGACUUCUCGAUCCAUGCCGCCCAUGUGGUCUGCCGGCAAGUGGGCUAUGUAGAGGCCAAGUCCUGGGCUGCCAGCUCCUCCUACGGUCCAGGCGAAGGCCCCAUCUGGUUGGACAAUAUCUACUGUACUGGCAAAGAGUCGACCCUGGCAUCUUGCUCCUCCAAUGGCUGGGGUGUCACUGACUGCAAGCACACUGAAGACGUUGGAGUGGUGUGUAGUGAGAAAAGAAUUCCUGGCUUCAAAUUUGACAAUUCGUUGAUCAACCAAAUAGAGAGCCUAAAUAUACAGGUGGAAGACAUCCGGAUUCGGCCCAUCCUUUCUGCCUUUCGCCAUCGCAAGCCUGUGACAGAGGGCUACGUGGAGGUGAAGGAGGGCAAGGCUUGGAAGCAGAUCUGCAACAAACACUGGACAGCCAAGAAUUCCCACGUGGUCUGUGGCAUGUUCGGCUUCCCUGCAGAGAAGACCUACAACCCCAAAGCCUAUAAAACCUUUGCCUCGCGGAGGAAGCUGCGUUACUGGAAGUUUUCUAUGAACUGCACGGGCACUGAAGCGCAUAUCUCCAGCUGCAAGCUGGGCCCUUCCGUGACCCGGGACCCUGUGAAGAACGCCACCUGUGAGAACGGGCAGCCAGCUGUGGUCAGUUGUGUGCCUAGCCAGAUCUUCAGCCCCGAUGGACCCUCAAGGUUCCGGAAAGCCUACAAGCCAGAGCAGGACCGUGUGUCUCCCCAGCAACCCUUGGUGCGCCUGAGAGGUGGAGCCCAGGUCGGGGAGGGCCGAGUGGAGGUGCUGAAGAAUGGAGAAUGGGGAACCAUCUGCGAUGACAAGUGGGACCUGGUAUCUGCCAGUGUGGUCUGCCGAGAGCUGGGCUUUGGGACCGCUAAAGAGGCCAUCACAGGCUCCAGACUAGGGCAAGGGAUUGGGCCCAUCCAUCUCAAUGAAGUCCAGUGCACAGGGACUGAGAAGUCCAUCAUAGACUGCAAAUUCAACACAGAGUCUCAAGGCUGCAACCAUGAAGAAGAUGCCGGGGUGCGAUGCAACAUCCCCAUCAUGGGUUUCCAGAAAAAGGUGCGCCUGAAUGGAGGCCGCAAUCCUUAUGAGGGCCGAGUGGAGGUGCUAACAGAGAGAAAUGGGUCCCUUGUUUGGGGGACUGUAUGCGGCCAGAACUGGGGCAUUGUGGAAGCCAUGGUGGUCUGCCGGCAGCUAGGCCUGGGCUUUGCCAGCAAUGCCUUUCAGGAGACCUGGUACUGGCAUGGAAAUAUCUUCGCCAACAACGUGGUCAUGAGUGGAGUGAAGUGCUCAGGAACGGAGCUGUCCCUAGCACACUGCCGCCAUGACGAGGAGGUGGCCUGCCCCGAGGGCGGGGUGCGGUUUGGUGCUGGAGUCGCCUGCUCGGAAACUGCACCUGACCUGGUGCUUAAUGCUGAGAUUGUCCAGCAGACUGCCUACCUGGAGGACAGGCCCAUGUCCUUGCUGCAGUGUGCCAUGGAGGAGAACUGCCUCUCCGCCUCCGCUGUGCACACCGACCCCACCAGAGGCCACCGGCGCCUUUUACGCUUCUCCUCCCAGAUCCACAACAAUGGCCAGUCUGACUUCCGCCCCAAGAAUGGCCGCCAUGCGUGGAUUUGGCACGACUGCCACAGGCACUACCACAGCAUGGAAGUCUUCACUUACUAUGACCUGCUGAGCCUCAACGGCACCAAGGUGGCUGAGGGCCACAAGGCCAGCUUCUGCCUGGAGGACACUGAGUGUGAGGGAGACAUUCAGAAGAGUUACGAGUGUGCCAACUUUGGAGAACAAGGCAUCACCAUGGGCUGCUGGGACAUGUACCGUCAUGACAUUGACUGCCAGUGGAUAGACAUCACCGAUGUGCCCCCUGGAGACUACCUGUUCCAGCUCAAAGUCUCGAGAACGGUCCAUCUCUCUUCGAGGACUUGAUGUAACAUGCAUCUAUCCUACUGGGCAUCAGACCUCACAGGAGAGGCAUCCAUCUCACAAUGAGUACCUUCGCUUGAUGGUAGCCAAGGCAUAAAGCAUCUGCACGGAGGCCCUGAAGUCUUCCCGGGAGGGACAUUACAAUGAAUUAGCGAGGCAGCAGAUUGGAGACCAUAGUAGCAACCAAACCAGAGACGGUGACUAUAGAACCCCAUCUCUCUAUUCUUCAUUAAGAUGAACCCAGUUCACUUGCAUAACCACUCACCGGACAGACAGAAAGACAGACAGAAAAAUGUGCUGGUACUUUCAAUCCAGACACUUCUAACUACCCUGCCAUGUCGGGACGGAGAGCACCCUGCACUCUGGCCAUGGCUGUGUGGGCAAGUCUGUGCCCCACAAACCAGUACUCACCACUCAAUCUUCUGUUCUUGAUGUCAAAUACCAGCAAACACCAUGAAGAAAGGGAGGUCAGGAGACCCAGAGGCGAUGGCACCUAUUUCCACACAGACAAAUAAGCUCAGAAAUCAGGACAGUACACAGUACAAGAGCCAGAUGAUCUCGGAGUGUAUCCCUCCUCAAAACAUCCCCAGACUCAUCUGUCUGGUGACCCAUGAGGCAGACUCAAAAUCAGGAUGAAGGUGUGCACUGAAAAGUCUAUAGAGUGUUACUGAGCAGCAGCCCUGUGCAUUUUAAUGGUCACCUCCUCUUCCCUUGUGUCUCAGGUGAAGACACCAGCAGGCAGCUGAGGACUCAACUGGAUAAGAGGUCAAAGCCCAAGGCUGCAGCCACAGGGAACCCUACAGUCCUUCAUGAACACAGGGCUGGCUUCACGCCUCUCCCUAGAGCCCAGUUGAACAAUAGAUAACAUGGUGGAGCAACCUGCAUUGAGCUUUAAGACUGUGCUCCCAGGCUAAGGAGGUGGCUCAGGGAAAACUACUGGCCAUGCAAGCUAGGACCUGAGAUUUUUGAUCCCCAGAUCCCACAUAAAGGCAUGCACAGUACUGUGUGUAAUCUCAGUGCUUCUACUGCAAGAGGAGCGGAGACAGAACAAUCUCUGGAAGAUUCUGGGCCAGCUAGCCUGGCCUGGGCAGCGAUGAACAAGAGAAUUUGUCUCAACAAGAGGGGAGGUAAGAGCCAGCAUCCAAAGUUGUCCUUUGACCUCUGAACAUGUGCCAUGACACCAACACCUACAACUAGGAAAGAGGGAAGGAAGGGAAGGAAAGAGGGAGAGGAGGAGGGAGAGGAGGAGGGAGACGGAUAGAAAAAGCUGUGUUCUCUGCAUGGUAUGAUACUACAUACCUAUAAUCUCAGAAGUCUGUGAAGCUGAAACAGGAAGACAGUCAGAGGCUAGCCUAUACUACAACGUACUAAAAUCAUGAAAGCCCAUUUCAAAUAGCACAAGGAGGUUUGGAUACGUAGUCAGGUUCUUUCUAUCCCUAUAGCUCUGUUUCUGUCCCUAGACACAAGUCUGAACAUUUCUAAUCGUUAACCACACUAUACAUUACAAACUAUAUACAAAUUGUCCUUACUCUUGUAUGUCAAGGCUUACAAAAGCCAUUUAACUAAUGCGAUCUCACCUAAGCCUCCCAAUAGGGAAAGCUGAGUCAUAUGUGGUUCCACGAGGAAACCAGCUCAGAGAAAUGGCUUGCCCAACAACUGAAGCUGCUUAAUGGCAAGACCAAGAAUUGAACACUAAAGGCUGUCUCUUGGUUUGAUGGCUUCAACACUGUCAUACGCAGGGCAGGCACACACCUCUUCUGAGGCCCCACCCACAGCUACAUCUCAGAAGUACCCGUCCUGGCUGUCCCAGGAAAUAAAAACCCAUCAACACAGAGGUAACAGGAUCGGGUCUUCUUCCAGCUGCAGUAUGCGCCACCUACUGUGUGGAUAGCCACGCAAAGUUCUGGAACUUUCUAAGGCUUUGCCCAGCCACCUCUGAUGGACCCAAGAGCUCAUAAGACAUGGGAAGUGCCAUCGGGACAGUGGCUAAACUUGACCAGUGGAGGACAGACAUUUCCUAAACCUAUUAUGCAACUGUUGCCUCACUCAAGCAGUCUGGGAUUUCUCCCAAUUUCAACACGUUUUGUUUUCUCUCAAAGAAGACACCGGUUUAAGGCUGUGGCCCCUUAGUGACUAAGCCAACAGCAUCCUGGGCUGUCUGGGAUUACACACAGGGUGGGUGGAUAUUUUCAAAGGGACCUCUGUGAGCCAAUGUGACCUUCUAGAAUGACUAAAGGUCACAGGGUAGGAGCAGUCAGGAUCCACCAUCACCUUCCCUAUUUAACAAUGUCCCCAAAGGAAGCCAGGUGACACUGUUCUAACCUCCAGACCUUCAAGAGAACAUCGGUGUGGCCACUCAAAAUCCAACAACUCCACCUCGUCCUUCUUGCCCAAGUGAAAGUAUUGACUUUCAAGGCUUCUGUGCCUUGGGUGAGGGUGGAAAGCCAAAGUGCUUGGAAAAUAUUAAAUGGAAAAUGCCAGAAAUAA